AUGGUAGCAACAACACAGGGUUCAAUUCGAGUUCUAGCAGGGGCUAAUGUGGAACCUACCUCUGGUGGAGAUCAUGGCCAGCCCGGGGAUGCGGGCAGCACGCAGCCUUCCAGCGUUCAGGCUUUCGCCACCAGCUCCACGCUGCACGGCAUCGGCCACAUCUUCACGUACGAGCGCUUCUCUUUCAGGCGCAUCGUGUGGACCCUGGCUUUCCUGGGCUCCCUCUCCUUCCUGGUUCAUGUCUUCGUGCAGAGGAUCCAGUAUUACUUCGAGUACCCGCAUGUCACCAAGGUGGACGAAGUCACCGCCUUCAACCUGACCUUCCCCGCCGUCACCAUCUGCAAUCUCAACGAGUUCCGCUUCAGCAAGAUCACCAAGAACGACCUGUACCACGCAGGCGAGCUCCUGGGACUGCUCAACAAUCGCUACGAGAUCCCCGACCCAUACGUGGCCGAGAAACACGUCCUGGAAGUGCUCAUCGAGAAGGCCAACUUUAGGAACUUCAAGCCCAAGCCCUUCAACAUGAGGGAGUUCUAUGACCGAGCUGGCCAUGAGAUGAGAGACAUGCUGCUCGGCUGCAAGUACAGAGGGGAAGAAUGUACCCACCAACACUUCAAAGUAGUGUUCACGAGGUAUGGCAAGUGCUACACUUUUAACUCCGGGCAGACUAAAGACCAACCAAUCCUGACAACAAUGAAAGGAGGAACUGGGAAUGGUCUGGAACUGAUGCUGGACAUUCAGCAGGAUGAUUACCUUCCUGUCUGGGGUGAAACAGAUGAGACCUCCUUCGAAGCUGGUAUAAAGGUUCAGAUUCAUGGCCAGAAUGAGCCACCAUUCAUCGACCAACUGGGGUUUGGAGUGCCACCUGGAUUUCAAACAUUUGUUUCCUGUCAAGAACAGCGGCUAAUCUAUUUACCUCCUCCCUGGGGAGACUGCAAAUCUACUCCAAUGGACUCAGACUUCUUUGACACUUACAGCAUCACAGCUUGCAGAAUUGACUGUGAAACUCGGUACUUGGUGGAAAACUGUAACUGUCGGAUGGUGCACAUGCCAGGUGAUGCUCCAUAUUGUACACCGGAACAGUACAGAGAGUGUGCAGAUCCAGCCCUAGUUAAUAACCUUGUUCUGAGGACAUUCAGGUUUGACUUUGCUGAGAAGCCAGGAGUGUCACUUCAGCUUAAACUGCGUGUUGUUGCUCGUUUUACCAUCAGAAACCUACCCAGCACCGCUGAUUGA